UGUAUUAUACGAAGCCUUUCUGUCGUAAAUCAAAAUGCAUAUAAAAAAACCAUGAUCCACGAACAAUUUAAAAAAAUUCCGAAAAGACAAUCUUGACAUCUUGAGAGUCAAUCAAAAUCAUGUCAUCAUCAGUGGACUAUCCAGUAUUCUUUUGAGAUCAGUCUCAGUAAGAAGAAAUAUGAAGAAGUGAAAUUUUCAUCGAACAUGGAGUCGGAAGUUGACAAAAGUUGGGCAUUUGAUGCGUUUAAUGACGGGUCUAUAAAAAUUGUGAGUGAAGUUCAACUGCGGAAGUAUGGUCAAUUUUUGGAGGAAUAUGCGUCACAGCUAAAAGGUAUCGAAGAUGCGCUGGACGAGUGGAUUGGCGAGUCAUGGGAUUUCUCCCUUGAUCCGAUUCAGCUACAGGUAUUACCUUACGAAAAAGCAAAACUAAAUGAACUAAUAAAGACUGAUAACAAGGUUUUUAACAAAGUAAUGAUGGUGUUCUCAGCACUCUGCUCAGAAAUUAGUGAGCUCAAACAUGAGGCUGUGAACAAGUUUUAUUACCCAUUAUUGCUGUUUGAAGAGUCAGUGUCAGAUGCAGCUUUACCGGAAGGCGAUGCUCAGGUGAAACUUGGAAGAUUACUACCUUUGCUGCAGGAAAUUUCAAGUUUUGUGUAUCGAGCCAAUGAAGUGGUCAAGCAUGUUGUACAGCAGUUGUCUUUGUUAUAUGCCAAGUCGGGUGCAAGAGUACUUGAUGUUUCUGGUGUCCACCUCACAACUGUAUUUGAACAUAUUGGAGAGCUACUGACAGUUCUUAUCACUCUUGAUGAAAUUAUGAAUGAAUGUUCUGGAAUUCAUGAAAACUGGAAAAGAUACAAAAGGAUGUUGAAAUCAGUGCAACACAAUCCAAGCGUGUUUAGUGUCAAUCCAGACAAGUUGAGACCUUUAGAGAAAUGGAUAAUGAAGAUUGAAGGACAAAUCUUGGAUGGCUUGAUCUUUGAUAACUGUGUUAAACAAAUCUUUGACACGACGACAAUCCCAGUGAACAGUAAUCGUGGAUUUUACGACGAGUUUCUUCAUAACCUUCAGGUCAUUUUCACAAGCAUAGAACCAAAGCUUGGUGAGAGCGGUGAGAUUGAUCAACGCCAAGAAUUUGUUGGUUUUCUUGGACUCUUCAGUUUAUACGUUCAGAUAUUUCGUCAAAUCGAUAAGAAGUUCAUCAGGCAGAUUUGGGAUGUGCACAGAAAGAUACCUGGUAUUCAUUUGGUUGGAAACAUCAUGUUUUUUCCAAAUGAAUUCCUUCAGUCAAAGAUUCCACAACUGCAGAAGUUCAUUGAUCGCAAGCAAGAAGCAGUUGUGACAUCAUCAAGAGAGAGUUUUCUUUCGACUAUGAAUCAAAACUUACCCAGGGAAGCAAAGAAUUUCAAUCUUCAAGUUGGUUCAUGGAUGGUGUUAAUGGAAUCAAGUUUAAGUAAAGGAGAAAGUCUGACUGAAAAUUUGAAUUCACGAUGCUCAUUGUUUCUCAAGGGAAUUUUGUAUGCGUCCACGAUAAGCCACCGUGUGAAAACUGUGAUGAAUCUUCAUCUGGCGAUGAAUGUCCCAAUGACAAAGACAGCCGUGUUAGCGUUGUGUAAAUUAGUUGAGUUACUCAAAGCUAUUGAACACACGUUUCAUCGUCGUAGCAUGUUCAUAGCAGAAAGUCUUACUCACGUAAUCCAGUAUCUGUCAUAUCUCGCCUUGAUCUCGCUGGAAACAGCAAAGAAUCGUGUCGCCGCAGACAAGAAAUAUACACACAAACGUCUGGAUGUAAUGGCUGCACUUCUUAUGGUUCAAAAUGCGUUGAACGGAAUGGGAACCCGGGAAAGACGACUUGUGAUGAAACUUGGUCUUCACGUCGCCACUCAAUUGAAAACAUUCAAGGAUGAAGAGUUGAGUAAUCUAAAAUCAGUCAUGAAGAAACUUGAAACAAUUUGUGAACUACGAAACAAAAUGCGAGAAGUAUGUGAUUGCGGCUUUCUUUACUGGCACAAGAUUAUUUUCCCGAUAUAUUUGAAUGAUAUUGUCGAGAAAGUUACUGACGCUCAAAGAGUUCAUUAUAUGUUUGGAGCUCUUCGUGACUGUGUCCUGCCUUUGAAACAAUCACGACAUGAUCCGCCAGACGUCAUGCUGGAGACUUUUAAUCAGGAAAUUUCAAAAAAUUUUGAUGAGCAUUUUCUAGCUCCAGUUUGUCGUCAAAUCGAGACAGAUCUUCGUCUCCACAUUCACCAACAUUUACAAGUUGGGGACAGAAAUCCCUUCAGGGUUGGUGUGAAGGACUUGUCCCAAUUUCUGAAAAUCAAACCAAUAAGAUUCUUCGAUCGGCUGAUCAAUGUGAAAGAACAUGUCGCUCAUUAUUUGGACUCGACAUUUUAUAACCUGACGACAGUAGCUCUUCAUGACUGGAAGACUUAUGGCGAGAUGAAGAAUUUAGCUGCUCAGCGAUACGACUUGACCAUGACCGAGGCUCAUCUACCCAGUCAAACACUGGAACAGGGAUUAGAUGUUCUCGAAAUUAUGCGAAAUAUUCACAUUUUCAUCUCUCGAUAUUUGUACAACCUCAAUAAUCAGAUUUUCGUGGAACGUUCGUCGAACAACAAACAUCUAAACACCAUCAACAUUCGCCACAUCGCUAACUCAAUUAGAACUCAUGGUUCUGGAAUCAUGAACACCACUGUGAACUUUACCUAUCAGUUUUUGAGAAAGAAAUUCUUUAUUUUUUCACAAUUUUUGUAUGAUGAGCACAUUAAAGGCAGAGUUCUAAAGGAUAUUAGAUAUUUUAAAGAAAUACGCGAAGAGACAGGACAGAAAUAUCCGUUUGAGAGGGCAGAGAAGUUUAACAAAGGAAUUAGAAAACUUGGUUUGACCCCGGACUCCUUGAGUUAUCUUGAUCAAUUCCGAGAACUUAUUACACAAGUUGGUAAUGCCAUGGGCUACAUUAGAAUGGUCAGGUCUGGUGGACUGCAUUGUGUAUCAAAUGCCAUAAGAUUUGUUCCCGAUCUUGAAGACAUUAUUUCGUUUGAUGAACUCGUAAAAGAUGAAGGGCUGUCGGACGAAACGCAAGAAGCUGCAAAAAAUCUUGACGCUGCCAUUGGUAAUAUGGCCAAGAAUUUUGCCGAAGGAACAGAUUAUUUCAAGCUUUUAGUGGAUGUGUUCGUUCCGCAAUUCAGAGAUUUGAAGAAUAUGCAUUUAAGAAAUUUCUACAUUAUCGUGCCUCCCUUGACGUUAAACUUUGUCGAAUAUUCUAUGAAUCGUAAAGAGAAGAUGACCAAGAAAAACAAAGAAGGAGCUGCUUUCACGGAUGAUGGCUUUGCAAUGGGCGUUGCUUAUAUUCUAAAAUUGUUGAAUCAAUAUAAGGAAUUUGAUUCUCUUCAUUGGUUCCAGUCGGUUGAUCAAAAAUAUCAAACUGAUAUGCGUAAAGUAUCUCAGUCACUUGAUGGACGAAGCGGUAGAGAUGAGAAACUACAACAAACACUUAGUCUCACGCAAAAGAGAUUAACAGCCUAUCAAAGAGAGUUUGAACUAUUGUAUUACUCUCUGAGCAGUGCUCGAGUUUUCUUUCGUGCUGAUAAGACUGAGGCUGAAGAGAAAGAAGAAAAGGAACAAUCUCAGGGUGAAAAUCCUGAACAGGACAGCGAGGCCUCGACUGCUGCCAAUGAUGAAGGUGGUGCCUCUGAACCGCCGCCACCCCCUCCCCCACCUCCACCGCCGAUGUAAAUGACUCCUUCGUGACACUCGGCCUUAAUUAAGCGAUUUUAGGAAACAAUUAUGAUUAUAAUGAAUGAAUAAAAAAGAUGAAAGAGAAAAUGGGAUUGGAACCCCCCUUCAGGACCCCUGCAUAAUUUGGAGAUAUAUUCAGGGCGGCGCUAGCCGCUAUAGAGGGUGUGUGUUUCAUACAUUCAUGUUUAUAAAAGUGUAAAAACAAUUGCUAUCAAAAGAAAUCAUUCGGACAUAAGAAGGAUAUAUGAAAGUACAACACCCACAAUUAAGCUUCUAGCGCCAGCCCUGGAUAUAGUCGUGCAAAUUAUCCGCUAUAAGGAGACUGACGUCUUUGGGAAGGGGGAGGAGAAUUGCAGUCAGCCGGUCAUACCUUGUAAUAAAGUGGUGGCAAGUAUUACACCAGAUUAUGCAAUUGCUUGAAAAACGAGUUUCUAAUUUCUAAAUUAAAUUGAA